GUUUUGCUGCAUCAGUUUCGGAGUUUCAUCGCUUUUCAAAUGACUGGCUCGCCGUCAGAACGAGGUAGGACUUUAACGACAAAAUUUCCGGAACGGAAUCCACAAGCCACCCCUGGAUCCAAUGUUCACUUACAACAUUUUCACCACGAGUCAUACAAAUUUUUCGGUUGCUUUCAAACACGUUUCAGUAAAAAUCGAUCAGCCUCAUAAAAUGGAUUUUUUUUUUGUAUUUUUCAAAUGGACAUGCCAAUUUGCAAAUUAACAUUUUUUAAAUUUUUUUGAAGUUAGCAACAUUUUCACUUCCGCUACCGCUAUUUCCUUAUUUUCGUUUAUUGGCAACUCUAUUCGAUUUUGUGAUGAAGUGACAGUUGUACAGCUGGUGGAAAAAGCAAAAGUUGCAAAUUGUUUGCAUGCACAUAUACCUACGAAUUUUCGCGUAUUUAUUGACAAAUCUAAACAAAUGUAUUGAUAAAAACAGAAAACAACAAAAUAUAUGUAUUUUUAAAUAAAAUAUUCUAUUUUACUUAAUUUGUGCCUUUGCCUCGAUUGCAUGCAAGCAAUGACCUCAUCUUCAUCGUAAACCCAUCCGAAUAGAUCUAAUAGAUAUAGAUAGCCAACAAAUUUUUAACCACAGCCAACAAAGCAGCAGACAAACUUUACAGGAUAACAAUGAGUGUACGCGGCAAUAGUGAGAACUGUGUGGAGGAGCCUGUUGCACCAGAAUGGCUUUCAAAAUUGGAAAGUCGACGCGAGAAUCUACAACGCGCAACAAAGCUGAGUCAUGAAGUGGGCGCUGGUGCACCCUGCGGUGAAUGUGGUGACAAAUGUCCUGGAUUGGAUUUACAUUUUUGGCGUAAAGUAUGUCGCAAUUGUAAAUGUCGUAAGGAUCAGCAUAAAUGCGUUGACGAUGACUUGUCAUCGUGGGCACAAUUUGAGAUUUUGGGACAAAUAUGUUCGAAACCAGCGUUCAUUAAAAUUAAAGCGCUCGCCAGCCAACCCGUCCAAUUAGACUGGGUACCACCGAAUACCACGCCAGAUGUUGUUUCUGACUACAUGGAGAAAUUGGGUGCCACCAAGAUGCCGAUUGUGGGCAGUGAUGCGGCACAAAAGCGUAAACAGCAAUUGGAAUUUCAAGUGCCGCCGCAUGAUUUGAAUGCGGCAUUGUGUGACAAUCUAACCGAUGCUGAAGCCGCACAACUACAACAAUAUGUCGUGAAAAUACGUGAGAAUUGCGUUGGACAAGGUGUGGUUGUGCGCAUUGGUAAUAUGGGCAUCGGUUUUGUUGAAUAUAUAGCGCCACAACAACAACAACAACAACAACAACAACAUCAUCAACAGCUGCAGCAACUAAAUAUGUUAAUGACCUCCGAAGCCUAUAAUAUGCCAACGAAAAAUAUGCAGCCAACACCAUUUAAUGCCACCUUAUGUGGCGAUGCAAAUGAAUUAUCCUUUCAUUCACCGUUGCCAGUUAAAAAUGCCGUUAAUGCACGUUUUAGCGCACAAAUGCGCCAGGAAACUCCCGCACGUAAAUUAAAAUUCGGCACCAUAUGCAAUUUGGCCAACACAUGUGGUCUGCCAGUAAAUGUUGAUUAUGACAAAGAUGCCGUUUUCGCACAAAUACUACACGCCGAACCGUUGAAGAAAGCGAUUGAAAAUAAAGGCAAAGGAUUAAACGCAAUGCCAGUUGUCAUUUCACAAACGCAAAUGUUGCCCGAUUUCAUGAGUGCAUCAAUUUUAAGUCCCACCACCAAACAGAAACUCAAGGAUAUUGGCGUUAAUGUGAAAACUGUACAAAGUGCCUUAUUGAAUAGCCCAUUUUACGAUGCACUCUACGAUACACUCAAACAUAAUGACAUCGACUACGAUGAAUGCCGUGUAUUGGCACCCAUACAGGCGCUGAGAGAAGAGGUGCUGGUGAAUAGACCUUUGGCCGAGGAGUUAAGUAGUUUUGUGUCACAAUUGCCCAACAGUGCUGCCAUAAUGUAUACCAGCCCACCAGAGAAUAGUCUGGUUAAGAGUGGUGGUCUUAGUGGUUCCAGUAGCAAUGAUUCAGGCUUUGGCUCGAAAGCUUCAACACCGGUGGGCGGCGCAGACAUGUUAACUGCUGGCGGCUUGCCAAAUGCCUUCCAACAAAUGCGUUUGGGUAGCAAUGUGGUGAAAGACUUUCCACCACCUCCACCGGUUGUGAACUGUCGCGACUGCGCUAAGCCCAUACCCUUGGGUGAUGUCGCCGUCAAAGCGGAACGCGCAGGUAAAGAGAUUGCCUGGCAUCCGGAGUGCUUCAAGUGUUACACUUGCCGUGAGUUGUUGGCCGAUUUGGUGUAUUUCUUUCACGGCGGUCAAGUGUACUGCGGUCGUGAUUUGGCUAUAAAUCUGAAGAUACCACGUUGUAAGGCUUGCGAUGAAUUGAUAUUCACCAAGGAAUAUACAGCGGCGGAAGGUGCUACCUUUCAUAUUAAACAUUUCUGCUGUUAUCAUUGCGACACACCGUUGGCGGGCCAACAGUAUAUACCCGAUGAAAAGACCAAUAUGCCGAUAUGUUUGAAAUGUUAUAAUGAGUUCUUUGCGGCCACUUGUCAGCGCUGCAAUCGUCAAAUUGAACCCACCGAUCAGGGUGUUGCCUGGGGCGAUGUGCAUUGGCAUAGCGGUUGUUUUGUGUGUGCUGGUGUCGAUUGUGACAAAUCAUUGAUUGGUGGACGCUUUUGCGUUAAACAGAAAAUGCCUUUUUGUAGUGCACAAUGUGUUAGAAGUAUUAUAUAAGAUAAGAUAAUUUUUAUAUGCAUUUACAAACGUAUACAUAUACACAAUUUAGUAUUUACCGUUACUAUAUACUGCAAGUAUUCAGCACAAGACAAACAAUUGUAAUUCCUAUUUAAGAUGCAUUACAUAUAUACUACAUUUACAUAUUUUACAUAUUGUAUUUUUUAUACAUAUACGCCAGUUUAUACAUACAUACUUAUGUAUAUUGCACGCUUUAAAGUGCUACGAAAUAUACUUUAUACAUAACUUUUCUCAAUGUGCGCUUAAA